AUGCCAUCUCCAGAAGACGUUCCGAUGGAGGAGGUGCCAGCUGACGCGAACGGCGAUGCGGUACGUGUUUUUACCACGAAGUGCCCUGAAAUUGCGAUAUUUUCCAUCAAAAACCUUAAAUUUUUUUCAGUCGGACCCUCGACGCGAUGAGCUGUGUCGGCUGAUCCGCGAGACGGAAGCCUCGUCGCUUCGUGCCGAUGACACGUGGUUUCUCGUCAGUCAGAAAUGGUGGAAGUCCGUUCUGAAGGCCGCCCGGGACGGAUUUGCCGAAGACGUCGGCGCGAUCGAUAAUGCAGCCAUAUCCGAGUGUAAGUUUGGGCAGGAAAAGAGUUAUUGUGAGAAUUGAUGUCUCUGCGAAAAAUUACAAUGAUUUCAUGAAAAAAUGACAAGUUUCGAUAAAAAUUUAGCAAUUUGCAGUCCGCGGCGGCUCGUUCUACCUGAGACCGCGACUCGCCGAACAAGUGGACUACACACCCCUUCCCGAAAAAGUGUUCAAACAGUUUGAGAAGAUUUACGGGGUGGAAGACGACCGCCGCGACUACAUUCCACGUGUUGUGGUCCACAAAAACGGAUCUCUGGCCGUCGAAGUGUAUCCGCUCAUCAUUCAGGUCAGUUCUCAACCAAUUGUGACAAAAAAAACAAACAAUUUUCAUCAUUGCAGGUCUCUUUAGCGCGCAACCGUGAGGUCAAAGUUGAUAUUCAGCUCAAACCUGAUGACACUAUGGGUAUUUCGCUUUAUUUUUCUCGGAAAUUGAUAGUUUUGUGCAGAAUCGCUGAGUGCUCGUGUGAUGGAGAAUCUCUCGUUGGCGGUCACCGACAAGAUCCGCUUCUAUGUGAUGAACGGAGAGAAUCCCGAGUUGAUCGACACGAGUCAGCCCGUCGAAUCGUACUUUGACACUGCGCAAAAGGUUGUUGUGGACGUGGAAGAGGACGGCGAGUUCUUCUACAAAGCGAAGGCGAACGUUCAGCCCCAGUCAAAAUCGCUUUUCGGCCAGCAAAAUUCGUCGUAAGUCGGAAAAUACUAUGUUUUGUUUCGUGUUUUGUCUCGAUUUUCACAUGUUCACAUUUGCACAUUAUUCCUUGUCCUUUCUCUUUCUCUCUCUCUCUCCAUUGGCCGUUACCACCACCAUCAUCUGAAAAAGAAGAAGCGGAACUCGCGAAUCUAUUCCCUUUUCAUUUUCGUACAGAGACGAGGAGCGCGCUUCGACGUCGUUGUCUUCCGAAGAGGAGGAGGAGAACGGCGGGCCGGCGAUCCGUCGGAUCCGAUCGUCGUGGAUCCCACGCCGGAUGCUCGCCGCCUCGUCGCAAGUGCUCUGGCCGCUGUGGACGCUCUGGCUGACGGUGCACGAUGCGUGGUGGCAGUUUAGUCAGAUUUGGCCGGAAGACGUGCGACACGCCGUCGCGUGGCUCUUUGGAUGGUGGAUUCUGCGGCCGCCCAGCUAUAGCUAUUUGAGGUUGUUAGAGAGUUGUUGGUUAUGAGAAAGAGCAUCCCCGCCAUCACUUCCACCACCAACCACCACCACCACCAUCAACACUACCUUCUUCUUCUUCUUCUUCUUCUUCUUCUCCUUCUCUACCUUCCAUCUCUUCUGAUUCUGAAGAAAUGUGUGCAUCUUCAGAGAAUUGAGACACUACAUUUGAGCGUUGGAAAAUAGAGUAAUUUUCCGUUCAAGUUCUUUUCCGUUAUAACGCUCAUUUUAGCAGUUUAGGAUAGUUUUCUAUGAAUUUUCUGUUCUUCAGGCUAGGAUUAACUUCUUCAAUUCUUUCCUUAGAAACCAAUUAGCUUCCUUUGAUUUAGCCGAUUAUCUUGCUUCAACGCUUUGAUCAACACACCACGCAGAUAUCAUUUACGGGUUAGAUCAGAAAUUUGUGUUUUCAUCGGAAAUUAAACGAAACUGGGCUCUAAUUGUCAGCUUCUCGAUUACUCGAUUUUCCACGUGACACUAUUUUUUUUUUCUCUAACUAUUAUCAUAAUCCACACACGAACACCUCUUUGACGCCGUCUCUCCAAUUGAAUGGAUCACCAGAAGACGUGGCUCAUUUGUCAGAUCAUCCGUUAUCACUGGAAUCUGACGAAAGUGUAUUUGUCGGAACUCGUCUUCUGGAUAGGAUGGUAACGUUUUUAAUGGACGUUUUUCACUUUUUAGACACUUAAAAACUGAUAGUAUUGUGACGUGUGUAAUUCGUUUCUCAAUGUUUCGUAUUUUGAUUUGAUUUGACUAUUCAUUUUACAAUACACUACACACUUCUCUCUCUCUCUCGUGUGACGAUGUUGAGUGUUGAUGGCCGGUGGAGAUGAUGAUGAUGAUGAUGUCCUUUUCUUGUGAAAAUUGAAGCUUGCUUUUUCAGUCAAAACUCGCCAUUUUUCAGCAACAGAAUAACCGGAAACGGAACGUUCGCCGGCGCCGCCUCCUACUCGUCAGUCGUCAGCGGAAACAGCGCAAGCGGCGGUAUCUCGUCGUCAGUGUCCGGAUCGCGGAACCUUCAACCGGGCCAGUGCGGACUCUCCAACCUGGGAAACACGUGUUUCAUGGCGUCGGCCCUCCAGUGUCUCUCGAAUACGCCGCCGCUGAGAGAGUACUUCCUUUCGGGCGCCUACGAACAGGAUUUGAAUGAGGAUAACCCGUUGGGCACGCAGGGACACUUGGCAUUGGUAACCGCUCAGUUUUUGUGUUGAAAACAGUCUUUCUCGAAAAUAAUAAACAAAAUUUGAACUACAUUUUGGCGCGAAUCAUUAAAGGGCUUAUUCGGUCAGGUAAAUAACAGGAAAACGACCAUCAGAACGGCUUACGCAAAUAAAUAAGCCGAUCAUUUAUUUCCGCCAAAAUGCAGUUCAAAUUUUGAUAAUUUAUCGAUAAAUACGGUUUUCCAAACAAUUACUGACAAUGAUUCAAUGUUCAUAAGUGGCUUUGUUGAAACAGAAACAAAUUUGUCGAUAAAUGCAUGCAAUUUGAACAGUUUGAGAUGAAAUUUAGUUCUACGACUUUUUCCAACUUGAUAAUAAUAAGAAUUUUGCAGGCGGUCGGCGAGCUGUUCAAAGGGAUGUGGUGCGGCGAGUUCCCGUCGAUAAACCCGCGCAAGUUCAAGGGAAUCAUCGGACAGUUCGCGCCGCGCUUCAACGGAUACUCGCAGCAGGACUCGCACGAGCUGAUGGCCUACGUCCUGGACGGACUGCACGAGGAUCUGAACCGCAUAAAAAAGAAGCCGUACAUUGCCGACAACGACGAGUUCUCGAAGCUGCCGGAGGCGGAGCACGCGGCCAAGUCGUGGGAAGUGUACAAGAUGCGCAACGAUUCGAUCAUCGUCGACACGCUGCACGGACAGCUCAAAUCGACGCUCAUCUGUCCGGUGUGCGAGAAGAUUUCGAUCAAGUUCGAUCCGUUCGGCUACCUCUCGCUGCCGCUCCCGCCGAAAGAGCAGAUUGUGAAGCAGACGGUCAUUGUGAUGUUCCUCGUGCGGAAGUGGGCCAAGUUCACGUUGGGCAUCACGGAUCACACGACGGUCGCGCAGGCCGAGGAUCUGAUGCUCGCCAAGUUGCAGCCCGAGCAGACGCACCAUGUGAGCACGCGGGAAAUUGAUAUUUUUAGAGCAAAAUUAUUUGCAGUUUGUGUUCUUCCACAUCGCCAGCCAAUACUCCGACGACAUUACGAUGCUACGUCCGAACGAGCGAGUCCGUCAGCAGGGAAGAGAGGUCUACGUGGCGGAAGUGGAGCACGAUCUGACGAUUAAGGGAACACGGCUCGUCGUCGCAUAGUGAGCUAGUUUUUUCCAGAGAAGACUAAAAAAAAAUUGGAAAAAGUAAACCAGAGAAACCCCGUUUCCUUGCAGCAACCGCACGAAAAUCGUCCGCUCGUGCUCGCUGCCGAUGAUCUACUCGGUGGCACCGGGCGUCCCACUGACGUGCCAAUUCCUGAACGAGCACGUCUUCUCGGUGACGAAGCACUUCUUCAUCAACCCGAAGGCGCUCGAGCAGCUCGACGACGACGACUCGAUGAGCGGCAGUUCGAGCGCGGAGGAGCUUCCGUAUAAACUGUUCAGCCUGCCGACGGGCCCCAAUACGACGCUGCUGCCGCUGGCGCAAACGAACGAUCAGCCGAUUGCGUGCGUCGAGGGCGGCGACAUCUACCGCAACUAUGUGCAGAUUGUGUUCCAGUACAAGGAUAUGAAGUUAUUCAACCAGUACAAGGGCGCCGACCUCAUAGAGCGCGAGAUGACGGUUUCGACGCGACGGAAGGUCGAACUCCUGGAGACGCUGGACUGGUUCACGACGAAGGAGCAGCUCGGCGAGCAGGACUCGUGGUACUGUCCGCAGUGCAAAAAGCACGAGCGGGCGACGAAGCAGCUGGACUUGUGGAAACUGCCCGAGAUCCUCAUCCUGCACCUGAAGCGGUUCCAGUACACAAAGUGGUCGCGCGAGAAGCUCACGUGGGAAGUGGUCAUUCCGGUGCGCGGACUCGAUCUCACGCACAAGGUGGCGAAUCCGAACCACGAAAAGGCCGUCUACGACCUGAUCGCCGUCUCGCGGCACUACGGAUCACUCAGUGGCGGACACUACACGGCCAUUGGAUACAAUGACAAGAUUCACAAGUGGUACGUGAGGGGGUUGCGAGAAGAUGUUUUCUGACUGUUUUUUGCCUAAUUUUGGAAGCAUAGACUGUUACAUAGUUACUGAAAACCUAGGAAACCUGAAAAGUUGAAAAGUUGAGCGUUUUUAGUGAGGUCUCAUGAUUAAAUUGAUAUUUUGUGCAGGAUCGACUUCAACGACUCGUGCACGCACCAGAUCGCGAGUCCGUCCGAACCCUACGAAUCGUCAGAUCCGUACAUGCUCGUGUACAGACGGCGGAAGCUGGACGCGAACGGACAGCCCAUCGAGAGCACCAUGGAUACUCGUACGUACAAUUUUUUGAAAGUUUUUUGGAACUUACGACCAAUGACGGAUUCAAAUGCCUCUUAUUUUGCAGCGAUCCAAGCGUCAGACUACAUUGGCCGCGCGAAACGGCCGCAAUCUCAUCACGUCGACGAGAAUAUGGAGAUGGAGGAAGAUUGA